AUGAUACCCGCGCUGUACUACUACUUUCGCACCCCGGUGCAUUACGUCAAGGCCCUCGCGCUGCAGGAGCACAUCCAUGCGCGCCAGCUCGCGGCGCGCACAGGCCCGGACCGCACCCCAGACAUCCUCCUCGUCCUGCAGCACCCACCAGUGUACACCGCCGGCCGCCGCCACGGGCCUGAGGGACCGCACCCCGCGGGGCUAGAGCUCGUGCGCACCGCGCGCGGCGGCGCCCCGACGUACCACGGGCCCGGCCAGCUCGCUCUGUACCCGCUCCUCGACCUGACACGGCCCCGGCCGUCGUCCGCGUCCCGAGCCCCGAUAUCCGCCCAGGCGUAUGUCUGCGCCCUGCACAAGGCCCUCCAGACGCAUCUCCGCAGCGCGCACGGCAUUGCGUCCGCGAACACACACACGGGCGUCACUGUCGACGCGCGCCAGAUCGCGAGCGUCGGCGUGCAGGUGCGCCGCGGCCUCACGACGCAUGGCGCGGCGCUCAAUGUCACGCGCGAGCCGCUCGCUUGGCUAGGAGGAGACAGGCACACGUCCGUGGAGAGCGUGGUGGGGCGGACUGUGGACGUCGAGCGUGAGGUGGCGGGGCUCGCGGGUUCACUCGGCGAGGCGCUGGAGCGCGAUUUCGCGCCGAUGGACUUGGCGCAUGAGGGCGCCGUGGGAGCGGCGAUCGCAGCGACGGAUGAGAGCUCUAAUCAUAUACUUGAAUGGUAA